ACAAAAAAACGAGACAAGCAAGGCCGCCGUUAUAGAGUUUUUGCACGGGCGACAUGUUAAGAUUAGCAGCGUUCGCGGCGAAAUAAUCGUAAUCCACUGACGAAAAAUGGUUUUGUGACUCGAGGUGCGCCCCAGGGACCGUCUCGAAGGGCAGAUCCGUGACAGGGCGGCGCCAGAAUCCCAGUAAUUCGCCAGUCAAGUCGCCGAGGGUGUAGGUAGUAUCGUUGUAGUUUUUAAGGAUCCCGUCAGGGGAAUACGCGAAACCCGAAAAAAUGACGGAAAUCUAUUUUUAAAUGCGCCUUUCUGUUGUGUGUGUCGUUAAUAUACAUCUGUCUCGGCGGUCUGGGCUAUUUUCGAUCGUCGCGGGGUAAAAAUAGCCCGCCGUGUCUGCCGACUGUGGGCUGUGAGGAUGUUGCCGCGAAGCCAUUUUUUCAUCAACAUUUUCGGCUAAUUAUUUUCGUUGCCGCUGUCUAAAAACGCGUGUGAACGUUAUUUACGCGGUGCAGUGUCGUGUCUGUGAUUUCCAGUGUUCCCCCGAAUAUCCCUUCAUCAAUUUUACCUACGAAUUGAUCGACUCUUUUUUACAAACAGUAAGUGGAUCUGCUUUGACAAAAUAUGUGGUUUAACACACGAAGUGAUGUAUGAGUAGAACUCAAGUUGUGAAGUGUGUUGUGGUAUUGUUUGAGACUGAAAUCUAACCACGGUGGCUUCAGGUCCAGAUUGUGGCCCCGUGGCCGCCGACAAGGGGGCAGAUUGCUGGUGGUCCCCCCUGGCGGCCAUGGGCUGUUUUGGAGACAGGGAUGCUGGACAAGCCACAGAAGACAUCAGAUCUCAGAAAAGGAUCAGCGAUCAAAUCAAUAGGCAGUUAGCUAAAGAAAAACAAGUGUACAGAGCAACACAUCGGUUAUUAUUGUUAGGAGCGGGCGAAUCUGGAAAAUCGACUAUCGUGAAACAGAUGCGCAUCCUUCACGUAAACGGUUUCAGCGAGCGCGAGAAAAAGCAGAAAAUAGAAGACAUUAAGAAGAAUAUUCGAGAUGCCAUUAUUACGAUAACGGGGGCCAUGUCGACGUUGAGUCCCCCAGUUCAGCUGGAGAAGCCAGAGAACCAAGUCAGGGUGGAUUGGAUCCAAGAUGUGGCCACUGGGCCGGACUUUGACUACCCUCCUGAGUUUUAUGAGCACACAGAGGCCCUGUGGAAGGACCGAGGUGUUCAGGGUACGUACGAGCGCAGCAACGAGUACCAGCUCAUCGACUGCGCCAAGUACUUCCUCGACCAGGUCGACGUCAUCAAGCGAUCCGACUACACGCCCACUGAGCAGGACAUCCUUCGUUGCAGAGUGCUGACCAGCGGCAUAUUUGAAACGCAGUUCCAAGUCGAUAAGGUUAAUUUCCAUAUGUUCGACGUGGGUGGACAGCGCGACGAGCGCCGCAAAUGGAUUCAGUGCUUCAACGAUGUGACGGCCAUUAUCUUCGUAACGGCAUGUUCGUCGUACAACAUGGUUCUACGCGAGGACCCCACGCAGAACCGGCUCAAAGAGUCGCUGGAGCUGUUCAAAUCGAUCUGGAACAACCGGUGGCUGCGCACCAUCUCGGUCAUCCUCUUCCUCAACAAGCAGGAUUUGCUGGCUGAGAAAAUUCUGGCAGGCAAGAGCAAGCUAGAGGAGUAUUUUGCAGAGUUUGCGCGUUAUCAGACGCCGCAGGAGGUGCCCAAUGAGAAUAAUGAGCCGCCGGAAGUGUUCAGGGCCAAGUAUUUCAUAAGGGACGAAUUUUUGCGCAUCAGUACCGCAUCCGGCGAGGGUAAGCACUACUGCUAUCCGCACUUCACCUGCGCCGUGGACACGGAAAACAUCAAACGAGUGUUUAACGACUGUCGCGACAUCAUUCAGCGCAUGCACCUGCGCCAAUACGAACUAUUAUAACCGCCCUUCGCGCUACACCUCCCCUUCCCCUAGCUAACCCUCUCAACUCUUUCCUCGUCCCCAUCGUCAUCAAUAAAAAUAGGACAGGUCACCCGGGGGACCGUUUCAACUACUUUGCUACCGCCGCCCUUCCGUCAUUCCUAGUCCACACUUCUGCGUUCUUGUGUUUAUUCGUCGGUUAAUUCUCGAUUGUGGCUUAUCACUGACAGUUUUUAUAUUUAACAUAUUAUGGCAUUAUUUAGACUUACUAUUCACUUAUUUUUGUCUUUUCGCGUAAAUAAAACAUAAAUAUAUUUCUUUUUUCUGUCAAGAAUAAUAGACUCAAAAUAUUUUCACAAAUACUCUACAUGGUGCCCUAUUUUCGUGUGUUCUAUGGGGUUUCUCGUCUAUGAGUAAAGACACAAAGAUGCAGUUUUCACAUCACUGCUACAUUUUUCUGAAACUAAAGAUGAUACAUGCAGAUUUGUUCUAGCUUACUUUCUGAAAUAAAGGGUGAAUUUUAAAAUUUUGCAGUUUCCGACUCCCUUUGUAUCUCAGUUAUCCUAUAACUUAUGGAAAUGAUGAAAACUGAGUUGUGUAGAGUUUUUCACGUAGAAUCCAGUGGAGUACCUAGUUUUUUACUCUCUAUGGGACUCAGCUUUCAACUUUUAGUUAAGUUAUAAUAUAACCCAGAUAAAAAAUAGGUCAAAUUCGCUCUGUAUUUCAGAAGCCAAGGGGGUUAGGACAAAUAUGCGUGUAGCAUCUUUAGUUUCAUAAAUGGUGUACAGUGAUGUGAAAACCGUAUCUUUUUAUAGCAUUUCCCAAGUCAAUUGAAAGCAGUGAGACCUUUGUCCAGUCGACGCCGACAAAGACAGUGCCGAAAUUAAGAGUCUAUCUAUUCCAACUGACUUCAGAAAAACUAUAUCUCUACUCAUAAACGAUAAACACCGUAAAACGCGAAAAUGGGACAUCCUGUAAUAGAACGAAAACUAUAGCGCAGUAGGAAAAAGAAUAAUAUUGUCUUUAUGUCAGUUUGAAUUUUUUGACAUAACAGCAUUUUCGUGUCAAUUUUCAGCGUGGCAGUGACAGCCCUGAACUUAUUAAUUUAAUAAUGAUAUUUCUCAUUUCUUUAACAAGUUUAUUAUUCUUGAUUUCAAUUUCUUUGAAAAAGAGACACACAAGACAAAAAUUACAAAUAAAAAUCGGUAGGACCAACUAAAUACAACGCAAAACAAAAACAAAUAGUUUUAACGUACAAAGUCGAUAGAGAGGUGUUGAUUCUCUGCUUUCCCUUUAUUCGAACUACCUGCGCUAUCGAUGACGAAUACAGAAGCAAAACAAUCAUGGCGGAGAAUACUAUCCUUGAGAGCAUAAAACAUAUUUGACGAAGACAAGAAAAGGGGAAACAUAUUUUCGUUAUUUUUCAGGGGAUAUUUGUUUUAAAAUUGAGUUUGACGAAAAACUUUAAAAUUCAACAAGUCCAGUGCCAAAAUUAUUUUUUUCAUUGACUGCUCGGAUAAAAAAUAAAUUUUAUCGGGAUAAUAAAACUUCAGACCCUUCUAUGAUGAUUGGUUCUUUUUAAUUUUGUUACUUUUACAAAUUUAUAUAGAAUGGAUAUUUUUUACGAAAGUUAUAUGACAUAUGUAGAUUAUUUUUUAAAAUUUAUUUAUUGUUGGAUCAUUCUUAGCUUAGUGCAAUAUUUUUACAUGUGAUACAGGGUGUCUCAAGAAAGGAAAGAGAUUGAAGAAAUUUUACGCUAUAUUUAUAUGUAUUAUUUUUACUAUCAAUACUGUUAAAAAAACGUUAUUUUUUGUUAACGAAAAAAAUCUUAGUUUAUUUGACUUUUUUAUUUUUAUUAGACUUAUAUUAUUUAUUAUAGACUGAUUGGUCUAAAAAAGAAGUUUUCAUGAUUCUCAUGAUGAAAAUGCACACAAGUUAUGAAGUACAUAUAUAUACAGACUGUUAUCGGCUGAGCUUGAAUUUGAACUUUCUAGAGAACUAAAAUAUCCAGAUCGGAGCCUUUUUACACUUCAUGUUUCACAGUGAGCCUUUGAUUUAAAAUAUUUUCAUUUUUUUAAAGAUAUUUCAAGAUACAGUGAGGCAUUUAGGUUAUAAACAUAACUGGAAAUUGUCUGAUUUUCACAAAAAUUUGUAUACACCCUAUUUUGAGGGUCGUAUAUUACUAAUCUGGACUUUUUUGACGGUCUCUUAAGGUGUUUCAGAAAAAAACAAAAUUUAUUUAAACACUGCAUUUUUCUUAAUAGAAGUAUAAAGUAAUAAUUUAAUUUGGUGAUGGUGGAUAUUAGGUACGUCGUCAAUCUUGAAGUUAUUGAUGUAAAUUUGAUAUUAAUAUAUUCUACAAUUAAUGUUUAAACGUUUUAAGUACGGAUCGUACGGAUACUCGGCUAAAUGUUUGAGAUUUCUGCAAUAAAAUUAUUUAUUUUUGGAGGUUAGACUACAGCGUUCUCUCUCUCCCUCUCUCUCUCUCGUCUCGGUUUUCUUUGCUACUGGGCAAUUGCCAGCUCAAUUUCAUGAUGACCUCAAUGUUGUCUGGCUGUACACCAUACUGGGGCCAUCUAUUAUUUUACAAUAAUUAAAACACAAAAAAAGGUCCUUAUAUGAUCAUUUCGAAAGCUUCUCCCACGCUGGUAGCAUCCGGCUGCAUAGGGCCUGGUUACCCCCGUGACAACGUGAAAAAAGGGUUGUCCUUUAAAUACAUUUUCUCAUGGCACUUCAAAGUAGGCGAACUUGUAUAAAAUUUUUCAUGGCACUUAUAGUAGGCGAACUUUAAAAAUGUUUCACAAAAAUAUGUAUCUGAAUGGGACACGAAUCCACUUUAAAACUUUUGCACCAAAAAAUAUUAAGCUUUUACAAAACGAUUACAAGAAUAUUAACAGAAAACAAGAAACAAAAAUCGACCUCCGAACAACCAGUCAUCAGACAGUAUUCGAUGUUGCCACGACGACUGACCGAACGGAAGUGAUAUAGCUUUCUUUAUUAAGUUUAAUAAGAGUGACAAGGAUGACGCAGAUUUAGGUUUAUUUGUCUUUUGCUCGCGUCUGCGUAUAUCGCUGGCGGUAACAAUGAAAUAUUCAAAAUCGGAAUUUUGUUUUAUUUAUACUUUCCUAUUAAUUUUGAAAAAUAGUCGUAGCGAUAUUAAGGGGGUUUUUGUUUUUGGUGUUAUUUAUGGACGAUCCGCACUUUUUUCGUUAGAAAAUGUCAUUAUAAGUGUUCCUCUUCUCGAUUCUGUAUAGAAAAUUUUAAAAUUUUGACGUACCUAAAGUCUACCGGACCCUUUAAUUUUAUUAGUAAUGAGAUAACUCGAGCAAAAAUUCUAAUUUAUACGACGUUAUCCGUUGAGUAUCUGAGAGGCAAGAUUUUACGACCUACAUCGAUAAUGCUUUAAACUGAACUAAAUCUACUUGCCACUUGCCAUUAUAUAUAUACGAGUUACAAUAAGCGACGGGCUAAAAACCGUAUUUUUAAAUUCGAGCGAAAUUUCGCUCGAACGAUCGCGAUUAUCGAAAUCACUUGAAACUCGAGUACUCGAUUAUUGAAAUUAAUCGGUUUUUCUCAUCACUACAUUUUAUUAUAGUUUAUCUAAAAGCCAUACUUGGUUGGAGAUAGAAAAAUAUCCAAAGUUUUACUGAAAACACUUUUUUUAACAAAAUAAACAAAGAAAAUUGAGACAAGAUGGAAGUUUGACGUUUCAUGUAUGUAUGCGUCUUUCUCUCUCCUAUGCAAUGAGAAAGGCAAACUGAAUUAUGUAAAUCUAAAAAUUUGCAACGUUGUCAUGUCUUGUACUUUUCGGUUGAUUAUGGAUUUUUAAUAAAAUAAUUGGUGGGGGGGGAUUCGGUUAAUAUCUAACUAUAGGUUCUAGCAAUCAUCUUAGUGAAACCAAGCUUGAUUGCUUAGUUUCACUCUUUUGUUUAUUUCUGUUUUUUUAAUACGCACUAUCAGAUGCGCAAUAAAAUCAAUGAAUGAAAAUCAAACCUGAAUCGCGGAAAAGAGACUAAACCGAAGCAAUCACAAACUCAUUCGUGAACCCGUUAGCGGCUGGACUAGGUAUAUUCUAUGAUAUAAAAGGGUAGUUAUCAGUAAAAAAAUCACUCAUUUUAGAUAUGGCAACAUAACUUUAAAUGUCACUAACACCUGAGCUAACUUGUUCAAAUUGUUUACAAAUUGGUUUUGCAAAUUUUCCUCUAGUACGCAUAGAAUUGGUUAAAAAAAGUAACAGAAAUAGCAAAAACCUUUGAACUUUUAUUUGAUUUUUUUUUGAAAUUUUAUUGAAUGCCUAACAAAAUAUGUACGAGAAAACCUUACAAAUAUAAGGAAUUUUGAAAAAAUAUAUUUUGUUACAUUUUUGGAUUUUUCUGAAAAACGGUGAGACCGCUAAAAAAGGUCAGAUUCCUAAUUAACCGACCUCAAAAUACCGUGUAUACAUUUUUUUCUUAAAAUCGGACGAUUUUUCAGUUUUUUCCAAUAAUUAUCAACAUUUUUUUGACAACCAGUUUUUAGACCAAAAUUUUAAAUAUUUUUUUUCUCAAAAACGUUUAAUAUUAACCGCCAAAUUGUAAAUAUUUCUGAUCAGAGAUUUUAUUGUGAAACAUUGAUGCGCAAAAAGCUCCAGUCUAGAUAUUUUAAUUCACCAAAAAUGUCUAAUGCAAGCACAGCCAGGGACGCCCUGUGUAUCGGGUAAACCUUUCUCAGUUUUAUAUUUUCUUAUGUUUUUCUAAUGUUUAAGUAAUUAUAACAAUCCUCUUUACAGAUACUACAUAUAUCAAUAUUUUAGUACGUUUGCCCCCCACCACCACAAUUUUGACAAUUUAAUUUCAUUUUAGUACUUAAUUUAACAAUCGCAGACGCGUAUUCAUUAUUUUCCACGCCCUCCUUAUUUUUAGACCGUUGGCACCAUAAUUUUCCCAAUUUUUUUUGGUUCAAACGCUUUACAGACAGGAUAUAUGUAUCACGUACAUAAAUCACAUUUCUAAACGUCGAUGAUCGUCAUUUAUUUCUUCUUCCUUCUCGCGAGUGUGGUGACGUGGCCAUCUGGAUCGAGAAUCGCUGUUUUUUGUUCGUUACUGAAAGAUUCUUUUAUUAGUUUUUAGUAAUCUCCAGAAGAUACGAAGAGUAGCGAGGAUUUGUCAAUGUGUUGUCGCUAGUCUGAAGAAGAAAACUUAAUGAAUUUCAUGAAAAAAUACACCUGGGAAUCGACACUACUCUAGAGAUAUGGUUAUUUUAUCUCUAUAUACAGAAUGUCAAUUUAAAAUAUUUUUGGGUAUGAUUUCUAGGAGGAAGAAAAUGAAUGGUUUUUGACCUACCUAACCUUUAUAGAAAUUGUACUUAAGUAUUUUGCAUAAAAAACACCCUGUAUAUGCUUGAGUAAUGUUGGUUCUCUUUCAUAUAUACCCCCCUCCCAUCUUCUGUAAAAAAACUUUUAAAACUGAAUGUUAUUUGUUAUAAAUAUUUAUAUCUGUGAAUCUGUGGUCGAGUCGUAGAAAUCUACCAAAAACUUAUUAUAAAUUAAUUAAAGAAAAAAAAACAAUAAAAUAAACACGCAACAUACAACAUUAUACACAAAUCUUUUUUAUAUAUGUAUAUUAUUUUUAUUGUAAAAUUGCUCUUGUCUUUUUUUCUCUGUAUUUCAAAAUACUGACUACUUAAAAAAUAAAAGGAAAUUUAUUCAAAUUCGAUGUCAAUGUAUGUUGUUUAUUAUGGGAACCUUGGGCCAUGUAACGCAUAGACACGUCCUUUUAGCAACAAGUUUCGACGCGAAGUCACAUAGAGGCAAAAGAAUUAUUGUAUUUUUUACUAAUCUAAAUCUAGAUUGUGUUAUAGUCUUUUCAUUGUACAUAUCGUUUUGAAGUUACAUACUCAUAGGAGGUCAUAUUAUGGAGUAAAAUAGGCCUUGAAUUAAACUAUCUAAGGGACAUGUCUCGUUAUGGUCUAAGAAUGGGAUUGACGGGGUGCAAUUUCAACCCUUUCCGAAUUUUUAGUGUUUUUUAUAUCAAAACGCGCAGAUGUUUUCCCUUUCCUUUUUCAACCCCGUCGUCCCCUCUCCUGUACAGACACUCCAUGGUCGACAGAUUACUUUGUAUCAACAUGACUUUUUUCGAUAAAAACCAGAAAAAAACUGCACGCCAUUAGUAAACGGGUCAGUUUUUAUAGAAACAACGAUCGGUAGAAAAUGUAGUAUAUUAUUUUGGGAUAUUUUCGCUGAAGCGCAAAUGAAUUGUGAUGAAUCAAAUGAACUACUCAAGAUACAUACCAGUCUAUUUUCAAUAUCAAAAAAAUCAUUGAGUUACUAUUAUAUAAAUUUAAUAAUCGUUUUUUAUUUGAGAAAGUUUGUUUCUAUAAAAGCUUAAAUCCUUUCAGUGACGAUGUCGAAUUAUUCUUUGAAAAUCUUUUUUGUGUAUAGAUAUAUAAUUGAGA